AUGGCGACUGCCCACCAUGUACACGUCCGGCCGGUGGAGUCGGGCAUCUUGGCAAUUAAGCAGGAUGAAGAGACCGCUGCCAAGGUCUCGGACCUCCUGCAAAAGGAUCUCGAGAAUCACCAUGUCUACUUCAACGCGGAAGGGUUCCAUAAUCAUAUUCCGCACCAUCUCUUGACUCUAUACGGCACUGGCGCCAAUUCCGGCCAUCUUCAGGUGGCGUACGACACCAAUGCCACCUAUCAAAACCGAGCCAGACCACCAAAGACCCAGGUUGUCGAGGAGCUUGAAGCGGAUUACACCAGUGCAGCCCCCAAAUACUUCUCCCGCGGCACCCAGUAUUCCUCCUUCCUCGAGUUCUUCGAGCGUGAGAUUGAAAAAAAGGGCUGGCAGGACGUCGUUAGCGAGUAUGUCUUUGCCGACUCCGAUGUCAGCCGCCAGCUCUUCUCCCGGCUCUAUGCGGGCUUCCUCCAUCCCAUGAUCCAGCUCAUGUUCGGUCUGGAGUGGGAGCAGCCCGCAAUCAUCGCUGAGGCCCUCGCCCAGGCUGCUGUCCACAACGACAGGCUGGGCGAGGCGAUGAGCAAGGCCGAGGCGGCCGCCAAUCAGCGGAACCAUCCGCGCGUGCCCUUUGCGUCGCUGUUUGAGAAUAUCCGGAGCGCGGAGAGCAGGAAGCUCGUCCAUAGUGCUCAUUGGGACGACCCGAAUCGUGUCUAUGAUGGGGUCCUGGGAAGGGCUCCCCAGGAGGCCAUCGAUCUCAUGGCCAAGAUCAAGGUUCGGGAGGAGGAGCUUGAGGAACGGACCGUCGAGAUGUUACACACGGCGGCUUAUGUUGCUGCGGCUGCGGCGUGGCAUCCGCCUCAUAUUCCAAAGUUCGACUUUUUCCUCAUACAUCAUCUCAACUCGGCUCCGAUCUUCCUCACAUUCAAUAAGCAGAAAUGGAUCUCGACGCAGACAAAGGUCCGUCUCUUGGAGUGGAAGAUGCGCCUUGACCUGGUUCAGUACAUUGCCCGCGGCUGCCCGCCACUGCAUGCGGAUAUCUUGCGGACGUACAUGCCCGCGAGGGACCAGAAGCCUGUCUCUCACUCUCGGGAGCUGCUGGCCAGGUUCCACAUCAUCCCGGAUGAUGGGCACACGAUCAAGGUUGUUCGGGCCAUGUUGAUUGGGCAGGAGGUGUCGAAGCCGUACGCGGGUAAGGACUGGAUCCGGAUUCAGACAGACGAUGACUGGUUGAGGAUGCAUUACCUGCUUCUUGAUGGCGUCGAGGGCCAGCCGAGCCAGUGGGUGCGGUCGGCCGGGUUUGAACAGGCUUGGGAGGAUGUUCCUCAACGGACCUGA